UAACGGAUAUCUGGAGCGUUUCCUGUUGUGUUAACAGGAAAUUAUCAGGCCAACUUAGCAUAAAUGUAGUAGCAACAAUUUUUUAACACGUUUUUGAAAUACAUUAUUCGUGAAGUUAGUAACACACAUAGGCAAAGAUGCCGCGUAUUAUGAUCAAAGGAGGGGUGUGGAGGAACACGGAGGAUGAAAUCCUCAAGGCAGCAGUGAUGAAGUAUGGGAAGAACCAGUGGUCUCGUAUCGCUUCCCUGCUUCACCGCAAGUCUGCUAAACAGUGCAAGGCCCGCUGGUAUGAAUGGCUGGACCCCAGCAUCAAGAAGACAGAGUGGUCUCGGGAGGAGGAGGAGAAACUGCUCCACCUGGCCAAGCUGAUGCCCACCCAGUGGAGGACCAUCGCCCCCAUCAUAGGACGCACCGCUGCCCAGUGUCUGGAGCACUACGAGUUCCUGCUAGACAAAGCAGCCCAGAGGGACAAUGAGGAAGACACCGCAGACGACCCCAGGAAGCUGAAGUCUUGAGAGAUUGACCCCAACCCUGAGACCAAGCCUGCCAGACCAGACCCUGUGGACAUGGAUGAAGGACUGUGCUGAUGUUGGAGAGUGUUGAGGAUGCAGUCCUCAAGCAGGGAGGAGACUACCCCCUAUCGACAAACCCUUCCCCCUACACCAGCCCAGAGAUGCUGCAGGCCACGGAGGAAGCUGAUAGGGGGAUGUCUGGAC